GUCCAGCACCCCAACUGCCUGAUGCAUCGUCAUUGACGCCAGAUCCGACCGUAGCUCAACCUCACGCCAUCACCACGUGAGCCGACCUCCGGCAUCACAACCGCAGUCUAUUCUAUCCAGCCUUCUACGCUCAGCCCUGUCCUUCCACAACGUCUACCUUUCCCGAUCCGUCCGAUUGAGCAGUCCCGGCGCAUGGGACGCGGCUCCAGGCGUGGCUCCCCGGCCUCCCCAGUGCGCAAACCAUUCAUGGUGCCCUGGAGCUGGUGUCGAUAGCUCCUCCAACGCCCAGGCCCCUACCGAUCCUGCAGCCGCCCGAGCCGCCUCCAUGGCGCGACCUCAGAGCUUCCCGAUACUCGCCCAGCUGCGAAGCGCCAAGACGUACCCCGAGCAGACGGCUGCCCUGCAGGCGCUCAAGAAUGAAAUCGUCGGCCACAUACAAAAGAAGGAGGCUUGGAUCGGCCUUGGGGUUCUCGAGCCCAUCGUACUGACUCUCUCCGCCAGCCACUCGCCCGCGAAACCCAACGGAAAGGAUGCCAGAACCCAGCUGGUUUCGCGUCCCCUCUCAGACGAGGACAGCGUCAAGCUCCAAGCCCUCCAGCUCGUCGCCAGCUUCGCCAACGGCGGACCGGCUUUCCUCGCUCCACUGCAUGCCGCUGGCGCCGUGCCCGCAAUCCUGGAAAACACUUGCCCUCUCUCGAACCCGCCACAGCUCGUCGUCGCCGCCCUCAAAGCGUUGACGGACAUCGCCGAUGCCGCCGCCCUGGCGCCGCCGUCGUCACCUCUCGACACAUCCUCCCUCGCCGAUAAUGUAUUCUCUCACCAGCACAUGGAAGCGUUCAACGUGAUGCUCUCCAUUUCGUCGCCAAAACACAUCCUCCAAUCGCAGGUUAGCCUCGCGUCUGGCCUGAUCAGCCGGCUCUGUCGGGAGGAAAGGCAUCAACAUGCCCUCUCUACAGCGGGCGUCUUGGACUCGCUCGCCACCCAGCUUGCAAGAUUCGCUGUGCGCGAUGGCCUGGUGGUCCCCGGUGCCGAGGAGCAUGCCUACGCCGACGGCCUCUACGAGGUGUUUCCCGAACCGGCCAGUGUAAAUGCCAAAAUAGGACCCAUCCUCGAAGCAAUCGCCGCGAUACUUGGCGACUCCAAAUAUCGCGCCAAUCGGCUCAUCUACUCGCCCUCUCUGAUGGCCGUGUUUCCUAGCGUCAAAUUCGAGACCACAGACAGCUACGGGCCGCAACAGGCAGCCUUAACAGCCAUGGACUACAUUCUACCCUGGAUGCCUGUUACAGGGACGAGAGGCCAGUCAGGUCCACAGUCUUCUUUCCCGACGCCAGACAGAUCCGACUCGAGAACAUCCAGCCGCGCAUCCCUGAGCAGGUUUAGUUCCGCCGCUGCGUGGGACUCACCUCGCAAUCAGUCGUCCGGCAAUGGCAGUGAGGCUGGUGCCGAAGACAAUGAAAGCCCUCUCAUCCCUUGGCUGAUUCACUUGGCACGCACGCUCGCCGAGUAUGACCGCCUGAUGGCGGCUGCCGUUAUCGCCGCACUGUUUAAGGCGGGUCUGGGUAGGAAAGCAAUGAGAGAGACAAGCAUCGGCUUUCUCGUCGUGCCAAUUCUCGUCGGCAUGCUCGAGAGGAACGACAAGGAAGGCGCCGAGUCCGAGGCUCCGGCCAACGCGACGCAGCAGCUCAUCCUCGAAAGUGCCCCGGCGAUUCUGGCGCGCCUAAUCACAGACAGCGAGUUCCUUCAGAAGGCGGCGUACGAUUGUGAUGCCGUCAAGGUGCUCACCAAGCUCUUGAAACGUGCCUACCAGCCCGUGCCCGAGACUGACCAGCCCAAGUACUGGUCGCCCCAAUCAGACAUGGGCAUGGAGGAUGAAAGCACGCCGGCCGCGGCGCAGCUUGGAGGCAAGGGCCAAAACCCGCUUCUGGCUCACCGUAUGAGGCUUCGCGAGGCAUCGCUCAGGGCCAUUGGUGCCUUGGCCGCCGGGAAGGAAGACUACAGAAAAGCGUUUGUUGCGGAGGAUUUUGUGCCCUACGUCAACGAGUCUCUCUGCGAGUUUCCCAGGAAGCCCAAGCAAGUCAAGGAACGAUCCAAAGACAAGCAGGGCUCAGAGACGAGCCGAAAAUCCCCGUCGCCGGCAUACGGCAAUAACUCCGAGUCCGUCAUCAUCGCGGCGUGUCAUGUAGUGCGCAUGCUGGCCCGUUCAGUGAGCGUGCUGCGCACUGCGCUGGUUGACUAUGGCGUCGCCCUGCCUAUCUUUCAAUUCAUGACCUACCGUGAUGUCAAUGUCCAGAUCGCCGCGACUGCCACCGUCAUCAACCUGGUGGUGGAGGUCAGUCCGGUGCGCGAGCUCCUUACAGAGAACGGCGUCAUGAAAGUCCUCUGCGAGCAUGCCCACUCGGAUAACCCGGCGUUGCGACUCAACGCCCUCUGGGCAUUGAAGCAUUUUGUGGAUGCGGUCGGGCCAGAGCUGAAGAAGGCGUGCCUCCAGCAGCUCGAGCCUGGCUGGCUCGUGCAGCUGAUAUGUGACGAUACGCAGGACGCGGCUCUGUACAACUCUCGACUCAAGGAGGCGGCCGGCGAUGACUUUGACGAAGACAUGGACAUGCAGCCAGUCGACGAGCCGUUGCGCUGGCUGUACGGCAAUAAUGGCUCCGUCCGCGAGCUGGAUGCGUCGCGAUCUACGAGACUACGACAGGCCGAGGACAAACUCUCAGCAAUACGCGAAGCCGAGCUGAAUCCCAUGCGGCGGGCUCGCAACGAUGACAUUGCCAUCCAGGAACAGGGCCUGGACUUUAUCCGGAACCUAAUCGGGCGGCCCGAAUCCGGAGCGUCGUCGGAGACGCCCAGCGAGACGACGGAGAUGAUAGACUAUCUCUUCACGGAGCUCGGACAGGACCGGCUCUUUGAAAUUCUGGCGUCCAAGUUGAAAUCGAGGAUGCUUCACCCGUUCUCGCGGCGGACGUCCACAUCGGGCCGCGAGCAGCGGGUGCUACACCCGCAAGCCAAGAUCAUCGUCGCGGUCAUUUACAUACUCGUGCACAUGGCGGCCAGCAUCCCCCGACACCGACAGCUAGUCACUGCCCAGACGGAACUCCUGAAGCUGCUGGCGCAGCAGGCGAGCAGCAAGGACCGAGAUGUCCGUGUGGCGCUGUGUCACCUUGUUAUCAACCUGACGUGGCAGGAGGACGACGCUGAGGCGCAGCAGUGCGCGGCGAGGGCGACUGAGCUCAAGCGGCUUGGCUUCCACUCCAAGAUGGAGGCGCUCAAGCUCCAGGAUAGGGAUUUGGACGUGCGAGAAAGGGCCAAGACCGCGGCGUGGCAGAUUGAGCAGGCGACUUACUAGGAGCGCGCCGGCCUCGGACGCCCGCCCGUUCUGAGAAGAUGGCAGACGGUGACCCAGUGACGAAAGAGGCGGUGGACCCGCGUACGUGUACGGUUAUUGAGGAGAGUGUAAAAACAUGUCAUGAGUAGUGCCGCUGGGUGUUUGUCUAUGGUAACCCGGCACGAGUGCUUCUCUCUGUGAUGAAACAAUACCCCUGGACAGAUCUUGGGGUUGGGGGGGUUGCUACAGUUGCUAAUUGAGCCAUGAUCGAGCUGCAGAAUCGAGAAUCAACAUGAUUUGUUCAUUGCCCCGGC